UUGAAGCUUUUUCUUCAACCAUCUCCAGUUUGAAAGAGAGAGGUAGAAGAUUCAAGGGAAUGUCUGAGAGUACUAAUGAAGAUUGUGGAGCAGGAAGAUCAUCAGUUGAUGAGAAUUUAAAUGGACAAAGAAGUCAAUCAGAAGAAGUACUCGCCGAGUGGCGGUCGUCUGAUCAAGUGGAGAAUGGAACUCCUUCAACAUCGCCACCGUAUUGGGACAUCGAUGAUGAUGAUGACGAUUUUGGAUCAAAACCAUCUGAACUAUUUGGGAAAAAUACUUGGACGAUUGAGAAAUUUUCAGAAAUCAACAAACGGGAGCUCCGUGGCGAUGUUUUUGAAGUUGGGGGCUACAAAUGGUAUAUAUUAAUUUAUCCACAAGGGUGUGAUGUUUGCAACCAUCUCUCUUUGUUUCUCUGUGUUGCACACCAUGAAAAACUUCUUCCAGGCUGGAGUCAUUUUGCUCAGUUUACUAUAGCUGUGUCGAAUAAAGAUCCAAAGAAAUCAAAGCACUCAGAUACAUUACACCGGUUUUGGAAGAAAGAGCAUGAUUGGGGAUGGAAAAAGUUUAUUGAGUCACCUAAAUUAAAGGAAGGGUUCAUAGAUGAUUAUGAUUGUCUUACAAUUAAGGCUCAAGUCCAGGUGAUCAGAGAGAGGGUGGACCGACCUUUUCGCUGCCUUCAUUAUAAGUAUAGGGAGGAACUUGUUCGGGUGUAUUUGACAAAUGUAGAGCAAAUUUGCUGGCGGUUUGUGGAAGAGAAAAGAAGCAAGCUUGGUAGGUUGAUAGAGGACAAGGCAAAAUGGAAAAGCUUCUGUGCUUUCUGGAUGGGGUUGGACCAAAAUUCAAGGCGUCGAAUGUCCCGAGAGAAAAUGGAUGUGAUUCUAAAAAUAGUUGUAAAACAAUUCUUCAUCGAGAAGGAAGUUACGUCUACUUUGGUGAUGGAUUCCUUGUAUAGUGGGUUGAAGGCUCUUGAAGGCCAAAUUAAGAACAAGAAAACUAGGCCGAGACUAAUGGAUACUGAAGAAUUGCCAGCUCCAAUUGUUAGUGUGGACAAAGAUACGUUUGCAUUAGUUGAUGAUGUGUUAUUACUCUUAGAGAGGGCUGCUCUGGAGCCAUUGCCUACAAAAGAGGAAAAAAGUCCCCAAAACCGUACGAAGGAUGGGAAUGCGGGAGAGGAAUUCAGUAGAGAAGCCAUUGAGCGUGAUGAGAGGCGUUUAACUGAGUUGGGUAGACGGACUGUGGAGAUAUUUGUUCUUGCACAUAUCUUCAGCAACAAAAUUGAAGUUGCAUACCAAGAAGCUAUUGCAUGGAAACGGCAAGAAGAACUUAUUCGUGAAGAGGAGGAAGCAUGGCUGGCAGAAAGCGAACAGAAGGCCAAAAGAGGACCAUCCGAAAAAGAGAAGAAAUCUAAGAAGAAACAGGCGAAACAGAAAAAGAACAAAAAUAAAGGAAAGGAAAAAAAGAAAGAAGAGAAGGUGAAAACCCAAACAGAAGAAAGGGAUAUUGAGAAAGAGGAAUGUGUGAGAGCGAAAGCAGAAUCGUCAGCUGAAAAACCUGACACACUUGAAGAUGUCUCUGACGUUUCUGAUUCAGUAGAUAGUUCAGCUGAAAUACUUCACCUUGAUUCAGAAGAUAGAGAGAGUAGUCCUGUUCAUUGGGAAAUAGAUGCCUCAGAGAUUCAUCCUCCUCCUUCAGGAGACACUAGCAGAGGAAGAGGAAAUUCCUUAUGUAUACCUAAUGGAGUUGCAGAAAGAAAGGGUCUGUCCACAAUGGAUGAUAGUUCUUCAACCUGUUCUAAUGACUCGAUCCGUUCAGGGGUAGCCAAUGGGUCAUACAAAGGGAAUUUAGUAAAUUGCCAAAGCCAGAAGUGGCAUAUCAAUGGAAAAACACAACCAGGAAAAGUAUCUGAUGCCAGCAGUUUAGCCAGUGAAAAAGAGGAUCAACCUUCAAGACUUGCGUCUGACCCUAAGAAUCAGAGCCAUUCUUCUGAGAAACGCAGAGUUGGUGACGCUGACGCGGUUAUCUCCCACAUUCAAAAACCAGAGAGCCCUGGGGAACGUAGUCCUGUUAGCAAGGAUCCCAACAUGAUUCAGAUGAAAGAGAAAACUGCAGCGGUACUUUCCCCAUCCAGAGCUGCUCCUUGGAAUCCUCCAUCUCUAGUGCAAGCAAAACCGGAGAAAACGGUUGUUUCAAAUGUAGAUGCGGUUCCAAACAGGAAAGUAGCAUCUACUAGAUCACCUUCAUCAGAUCAAGCAUCACCAUCUCGUGAGACUAAGUUGCAAACUGUGGGUCUUAGAGCUGAUAUACAGAAAACCGCUUCUCCAAAACCGAUGGCACAACCAGCACCUUCUAUCUCAAGGCCUUUGAGUGCUCCUAUAAUCCCCCCAAAGCAAGCUGCACCUGUAAUAUCUGCUGUUCAAACAACCUCGGCUGCGUCCCUUGCUCGUUCAAUGAGCUCAACAGGCCGUUUAGGUUCACCGAUACAUAGCCAAGCUUACAAUCCUCAAUCCUAUAAACAUGCCAUAGUGGGUUCAUCUGGUUUCACCCACUCAAGCACUCAAUCAACGGGAACAAGCACAUUGCCGCCGUAUUCACAUCCGUCUCCUAUCUCAGUAUCAAAUCAGUCUGGUUUCCCUAUCAAUGUUGGCUCUUGGGAUGUUUCUUCUGGUGGACUCUUGUGGACCGGUGGUUCGAGUUCAAACAGAGAUACAACAACAACCAUCAGCGGGAAUCAUAAAACGAACACUUACAGCACACCCGUGGUAACUACCAGCAUCAGGCCUACCAAUGUUCAGAAUGGUAGAACGGCACAGAGUCUGAUGACCGAUGAGUUCCCUCACCUUGAUAUCAUCAAUGAUCUGCUUGAAGACGAACAUGUUUCAACGGACAAUAGUGUAUACCAUGUACCACAACAGUUCAACAACCAGUACUCAUAUCAUAGCGGUGCUGAUCUCGGGAUCUCUGACAGGUCCAGGAGUUACAGUGAUGAUGGUUUUCACCAGUCUUACGGUGAAUACAUGCCACAUUCUUCUGCUUCUUCUUCGCCAUAUGGUAAUGGACAAACACAAUCGCAAUGGCAGAUGGCAAAUAUGGACAUGUCUUUACGGGCUAUGAGGAACCAAGACGAUGCAUCAGCAUCAGCAUCAGCUACUUACUCUUACUUUGAUUUAGAUUCAUCAAACCCGAACUUGUCAGGAAUCAACGGCUAUAGGGACUUCAGGCCAUCGAACGGACACUGAGGGUUUAUGUUCGUGUCAAUGAUUAUGGCAUUGUCACACAAACCCCGUUCGUUGGCUAGUAUGGAUCUUUAUAUGUAACGUAAUAUUAAUGUGUGAUUUAGUGUGAUAAAGGAUAUGCUUGUUGUGAAUGUUGUAAUAAAGAAUUGUGGCAUAU